UAAAAGAACGUGCAUCAGACGUCAUCAAUCAAAGUGCUCGUACUCUGAUUGCUGGUUAUCCGGUUGAAGCGAAAAAAAAAAAAAAAACAAAGAUAAAAAGAAUGCUGAAAAAAUUUGUGUUAUUUUAUUUAAAAAUUCAUCUCAUGAUCCUGCUGUGUCAGGCUUCCCUGCCUGCGGACACCGAAAACUCUAACAAUGCCGAUGAUUGUCUAAACAACUCAUUGGAAGCGGUGAUAUGGUGCCGGGGUUCCAGGGCUUUAAAAAAUGCCUUAAAUAAUUUAAGUAAAACAAAUAAACCCGUUGUCAUAGUACGUGGCUUAGAGUUGGUACCUUCUGCGGCGGCAAGACAAAAUCAACAUUUGACAAAUUACACCUCAGAUAAUGACGCCAGCAACAACAACAAUCAGGCGAAUGGGAAUUUGAUAGAUAAUACUGUCGAUGAUGGUGACACCGAUGACACCUUCCUGGGACGUUUUUCCCGUUACCUGGGAACGCAUGAGUUGAAUAUAAAAUUCUCGGAUUUAUUGGCGGAUGUCAGUGAACGUCGUCAGUACAUGGCACGUGAACUGGAUCAGAGUGGAAUGCAAAUGGAUACAAUGAGUGGAGAAGCCCGCAAAAAGGAUAAGGGUGGUGGCGCAAUGAUGUUAAUGGCUCUUAUGUUCUCAAAAAUGAUGGCUGUCAUGGGACUUGGUGGUCUUGGUGCCUUAGCAAUGAAGGCUUUGGGUGUAUCUAUGAUGGCUCUGAUGAUGGCUGCACUUGUUGGAGUCAAGUCACUAGCCUCUCAAGGACAUGAAUCCUCACACAGUGUACAGUACGUCUCAGCUGAUGGUCAUCACCAUAAGAGACGCCGGCGACGCAGUGUCGGUAAUGGUGUCGAUGACGAUAAAUAUCGUAUUGGAUCAAGGGAAAUGUUGCAACACGAUGUCAAGUCAACAUUGCCAUUGGCGUACAGAGGCUGGUCGCCAAAACUGACAAUAUGAACAACAUGAAAAUAACAAAUGAAUUAAUAACGACUUUUAGACUUUUAAUAAAUGUACUUAUUUAUUUAUAAAUUUAUUUAUUUAUUUAUUUUGUGGUGUAUAAAAUAAGAGAUCAACGACAAUUUAAAUAUUUUCAU